UACGCAUGCGCACUAUCCUAAAUUUGGCCUGUGGGUCUCUCGGGCGCUUGUGAUGCGCUGAGAUCUUCGUCCGCCGCUCGGCGCCUCCACACAACUCGGUGCACCCGCACUUCACUCGGCUCGUUCUGCUGACGAGAAGGCGACGAAGCGCGUGAACCGCCCCGCAGCCAGCGUCUGUGAGUCACCGCCGCCGGGGAAGGCUACCGAAGUUCUCAGAUGAGCACUGAUGUAGCGGUGUUGUGACGUCGUGGUCGUCGCGUCUUCCCCCCUCCCUCUCUACCUCCUGCCUCGCUGCAUGACCUCAGACAACAGACGUACCUACGAGGGGGAACCCGCCCCUUUUCCUCUGGCCUCCCGACCGGUUGCCACAACGUCCUCGUCUCAUCUUUCAACUCAUCUCCAGCUGAAGGAGCAGCAGGAUUUUUUUUUUCUUUCCUCAUAGCAGUUGAACACCUCCACCCUUGGCCAGUGGAGGUGUUGGAGAGCUCUUCGUCCCUCCCCUGCCUUGUUUCCCUCUUGAAUCUUUAAGAAUAUAUAUAUAUAUAUUUUUUUUUUCUUCUCCUGGUUGGCGCGUGUCCGGUUCCCGCCGGGCCCCGUGUGACAUUUUCGAAACUGGGGCGCGAUUCGUGGGAUGCGACCAUGUCGGAUCUCAGCGAGCGCAGGCCGGUCAACACGGACUACGCUGUCUCCCUGCUGGAGCAGCUCAAGUUCUUUUACGAACAGAAGUUACUGACUGACGUCGUGCUGCUGGUGGAGGAAGCAGAGUUCCCGUGUCACAAGAUGGUGCUGGCCACGUGCAGCUCCUAUUUCAGGGCGAUGUUCAUGAGCGGCCUCAGCGAGAGCAAGCAGACCCACGUCCACCUGAGGAACGUGGACCCGGCCACGCUGCAGAUCAUCAUCAGCUACGCCUACACGGGCAACCUGGCCAUCAGCGACAGCACGGUGGAGCCGCUCUACGAGACAGCCUGCUUCCUACAGGUGGAGGACGUCCUACUGCAGUGCAGGGACUACCUGGUGAAGAAGAUCAACGCCGAGAACUGCGUCCGCAUGCUGAGCAUAGGCGACAUGUUCAGCUGCAGCGAGCUGAAGCAGAGCUCCAAGCGCAUGGUGGAACACAAGUUCCCCAUGGUGUACCGGCAGGAGGCCUUCCUGCAGCUCUCCCACGAGCUGCUGAUCGACGUCCUGAGCAGCGACAACCUCAACGUGGAGAAGGAGGAGACGGUGCGCGAGGCGGCCAUGCUGUGGCUGGAGUACAACAUGGACGCGCGUUCGCAGCACCUGUCCUCCGUGCUCAGUCAGAUCCGCAUCGACGCGCUGUCGGAGGUGACGCAGCGCGCCUGGUUCCAGGGCCUGCCGCCCAACGACAAGUCGGUGGUGGUGCAGGGCCUCUACAAGUCCAUGCCCAAGUUCUUCAAGCCUCGGCUGGGCAUGACCAAGGAGGAGAUGCUGAUCUUCAUGGAGGCGCUGUCCGAGACGCAGGUGGAGGGCUACGUGAUGGCGGGGCCCCUGCUCACGACGGUGGUGUGUUACAGUCCGCAGGCGGAGAAGGUCUACAAGCUCACCAACCCCCCGGGCGACCUGCAGAAGGUGGGGACCCUCGUCACGCCCGACAACGACGUGUUCAUCGCCGGCGGACAGAUCCCACUCAAGAGCUCCAUCACCAACCACGGCAAGCUGCAGGCGGUCUUCCGCUCGGUCGACAGCUUCUUCUGGUUCGACGCGCAGCAGAACGCCUGGGUGCCCAAAACCCCCAUGCUGUGCGCCCGCAUCAAGCCCUCGCUGGUCCACUGCGAGGGCUACAUCUACGCCAUCGGCGGGGACAACGUCGGCGGUGAGCUGAACAAGCGCACGGUGGAGCGCUACGACUGCGAGAAGGACGAGUGGAGCAUGAUGAGUCCCCUGCCCUUCGCCUGGAACUGGAGCACGUCCGUGGUGGCGCACGACUGCAUCUACGUGAUGACCCACGACCUGAUGUACUGCUACUUCCCCCGCGCCGACACCUGGGUGGAGAUGGCCAUGCGCAAGACCAGCCGCUGCUUCGCCUCGGCGGCCGCCUUCGGCGACCUCAUCUUCUACGUCGGCGGCCUGCACGUCGUCAGCAACUCAGGCAUCCGCCUGCCGACGAGCACCAUCGACGGCUCGUCCGUCACCGUGGAGAUCUACGACGUGAACAAGAACGAGUGGCGCCUCGCCGCCAACAUCCCCGCCAAGCGCUACUCAGACCCGUGCGUGCGCGCCGUGGUGCUGCUCAACUCGCUGUGCAUCUUCAUGCGUGAGACGCACAUGAACGAGCGCGCCAAGUACGCCAUCUACCAGUACGACGUGGAGCUGGACUGCUGGUACCUGCGGCAGCCCGUGUCCGAGCGCGUGCUCUGGGACCUGGGUAAGGACUUCCGAUGCGCAGUGGGGAAGCUGUACCCGUCCUGCCUGGAGGAGUCCCCCUGGAAGCCCCCCACUUACCUCUUCUCCCCCGACGGGGCCGAGGAGUUCGAGGUGGACGGGGAGCUGGUGACCCUCCCUCACGUAUAGCUCUUAACCUCCCCUCCCCCUCCGCCGCCUCGCUGACUGACCCAGGACUCUGUAACACUGAGGGACGAACACGAUGGACGGUUAGUUUGUUGAACGGCGACAAGAAGCUCGGAGCUGAACAAAAAGAAGCCCCCUGAAAAAAAUACUAGUAAUCUGAACAUUUCUGUUUUUUUGGUUUUUAUUUUCUUAUUUUUUUGUCAUUGGUGACACCUGUUAGAUAUUAUUAUUAUUACAGGCCUGUCAUACUGUUUCUACAAUGUGAUAAUCUAAAUGUUUUGUUUUUUUUGGUGAUGAUGAGGAUGAUGAUGAUGAUGCACUUAACUGGUAAAAACCUUCUCGGAGCGACUAUGGCAACUGUACCAAACCCCCUAACCCCCUCCCUCUCUUCUCUCACCACUGAUUAAAGGAAUACUCCGCGGAACUUUUUUUUUUAACGUGUAGGCUCUGAGAAGUUCGUACCUUUUUGCUCCGUCGUGGAAGAAAAGCACUUGUCGCCUCAAACUACCAAACGACUCUCGUCCAAAACUCCUCAAACCUUUUUCAUUGCAGCAUUAAUCCACUUCUCUAAUAUUUUCUACUCCCGUGUUCAGAAUGUUCCGAGCUUUUCGCGAUUUUUUUUGUUUUUGUUUUGUUUCCCACAACGAGGUGAUGGCAUGAAGAGACGUCGCUCUGUGGUGAGGAACUUUUAAAGUGUCUGGAACUUCGUGAGCUCGUUGAUCUGAAGCGGAGACGUCGAUCGUGCUGCAGGAAAAUGGUUUGAGAAGAUUUUUUUCAUUUUUCAAACCAAUAAUCCAAAACUGCAAAAAGAAAUCAAUUUAUGAUCAUAUAUUAAAAAAACGAUGGUUACCUCAUACUACCUCUUUUUUUAAAUUCGGGUUUUCUCAUUUUUCUCUUUUUAUAACAAAGUUAAUUAAAAUGUGUGGAUGACGAGACGAGCGACUCGAGACGUCGGCUUGAGCUUGUGCGACCUGGGCGAAAUUUUAUAAGCUAAAUUUUUAGAUACAAAUUGAUAAAUGAAUCCAUAAUAAAAAAUGCCAGACGCCUGGAAAAUUCCCGCCCCGACGUUCCCAGAUCUUUAAAGUGACGUCUUCAAACCUUUAAUACCCCUAUUAAGUGUAAAAUCUACAAAUCAUGUAAAUACGGAGAUUUAAGAAAUCACUUAAUUGUGGAGAUACUUACAAAUUUCAAAUCCUAAUUUAUACUGUGUAUAUAUGUAUAUAUACAUAUAUAUAUAUGUAUAUAUAUUACUGCAAAUGUUAGAGUGAACUACACACUUCUCAGAGCCUUUCUAGAGAUUAACUUUUUCUCGGAGUAUUUCCUCGAGAUAGGAUCAUCGUCUGUUUCCUCAAAAAUAAGAAAAGGGCCCCGCAGACCAGAGGAGCAAGGGGCCAAGGUUUCUUCCCGGAGCCGGAGCGCCGACGGGGGGAAACCAGUGAGAGAGAGGAGGUUCAGAAGACCGGGGCGACUGCAGGUCCGGUCGCCCGGCGCCGCCUCUCAGCCGCCGCCGCCCGGCGCUCCGCCCUCGACCCACACGGGUUCUUCCACACAGCCGGCGUUCCCACCUCACUCUUUAUCCAUCCUCACAUGAUCAUGACACUCGCUUUUUUUUUCUUCUUUCCACGAAGGUCUACACACACACACACACACACACACACACACACACACACACACACACACACACACACACACACACACGACUCCACUCUCAGUACAAACAGGUUUCAGGCUCAUGCAUUGUUUUUUUUGUUUUUAUUUUUUUAUUAUUCCCAAGCUGCUGAAAUAUAUAUAAAUUAUAAUAAAUAUAUAUUUUUCAUAUGUUUUAACAGACAGUGUUUUAGUGUGGAGGAAAAUAACCAGGUCUAUUUUGUAUUAGUGUCUUUUUUUAAUUUAACAUCAGACAUUACUGUAGUGUGAUUGUGGGUAGAUUUCCAUUUUUCCUAAGUUUUUUUCUCCUUUUUUUUUUCUGAGUGAAAUAUUGAGGAUUCUUGCUGCUGAUUGGUUGUGAGAGGAGAGGGCUGGCCCAGGGCUGUUGCUACGGAAAUCGUCCCGGCAACCACUAGCUGUAGUGGAGGGGUGGGGUGGUUUUGGGUGGGGAGGGGAGGGGAGGGGUCUCCCUUCCUACCUGUUGAAAUCAUGAGCACAGGUGCUUCAUGAUGAACCCUUACUAGCAUGUCUGGCUGCAUCAUAUUCCUUUGGCACUGUAUUUUGAAUGAACGUUAAUUUAUUAAAAAACAUACCAAAAACGUUCCUGAAA